AUGGUGGUGGUCGCGGUCAGAGAUGCACAGGGCGAGGCGGGCACUGGGCAGGACCCGGGACGUGGGAAGCGACGCAAGAAAAUAAAUUGGGCGGGGAAGGCGAGAAUCUCUGACCUGAAUCUGCCCCCGCACUGUGCCCCACCUGGAGAUGAUCUGUCCGGGCGUCCCCUGGACCGAGAUGAAAUGGCAAAAACGCACUCGGGGCACGACGCGAGCUUCGGUGAUCUGCGCGCGGGCGCCGUCGUGGGCGGUGGUGGCUGCGCUGGACGAGGCGUUCGACGGAAUGCGUGCGCAAUGCAGCUGGCGGCGAGGAGAGAGAAAAGAGUGGGAGAUCGCCACCUCGUCGCGGUCCCGCCCAUGCGCACCACCUCCUUCGCCGCCGCCCACGCCUCUCGAGACCGCCAGUCUGGGGCCCCGGACUUCGUCUCGAGAGGGCUCGACUCCCCGCGGGGUCCCCAUGCGCCCCGCGCUGACUCACCAACACCCUGCAUAUCUCGAAUUAUCGCGAAGCCUACCAUGAGGGAGCUUUGCGAAGGGGGUACGUUCUCCGGCUUCAAUAUCUCCCAGCGCAGCGACGUUCGCACUCGCGCACGAACGUUUGAGGGUGCCGGCGGGGGGAGACUUUCCCGCGAAUGGCCCAUGCUUGCACACCUCUUCGUCGGGCGAACAUGGUUCUGA